UUGAACUUUUAUUCAAUUUGAAGAGCUGGGUUAUUGGAUUUGAAGCCUGAAAGGUGGAUAUUUGGACACCAAGUCUGAGAUUUGAAGCCUGAGUGGCUCCUUGUUGCCUGGGAAUUGUAUGUACAGGAUUUGAUCUAUCAAGGAAGUAUAUUUUUUUUUCUUGGAAAAGAUGGAUAUGGGAGAAGAUAGCCGCAGAUUUUGUUCGGUUCCAGCCACCACUUUGAGGAACAUGUCGUCGUCGUCUUCAGCAUUCUAUUCAGCAAACCAGUCGCCUUUUUUCUCUCCAAGAUCACCAUCCUGCCAGUUAUCCGAAUCGACAAGGUCUGAUGCUCACUGUGACAGCAUUCAUUUAAGCGCAGAUCCCCUCAGUUCCAUCUCCGGAAUCCCAGACCCUGAUUCUUUAGCAAACGUCGGUUAUGUGCUGUCAGACAUGUCGCCUGCUCUGGCUGCUUGUGUCUCUAGCAACUUUCAGCAAUUUGAUCGGAUUUCUUCUUCAACCGGCAUCUCGAACAGCACAGCAUCUAGUUACAGCAAUGCCCAUGAGAAUGGUUAUUCGGGGUACAGAGAGAGACUAAAAAGACAUGGGAAAUAUUAUGGAGUGUCGUCUUUGUCAGGUCCUGUUUCCCUUUCCUCCAACAGAAUGAGGAGCUGUGAUGUCUUCAUAGGUCUGCAUGGGCGAAAGCCUUCUUUGCUGAGGUUCGUUAACUGGCUCCGUGCGGAGUUGGAAGUUCAAGGGAUGAGUUGCUUUGUAUCAGACCGAGCUCGACUUAGGAACUCUCAUAAACAUGGAGUUGUUGAGAGGGCCAUGGAUGUUUCUUGUUUUGGGGUUGUAAUCAUCACAAGCAAGUCCUUCAGAAAUCCAUAUACCAUCGAGGAGCUUCGACUCUUUUCAGCCAAGAAGAACUUGGUUCCCAUAUUUUUCGAUCUCAAUCCUGGAGAUUGUCUGGUAAGGGAUAUAGUUGAGAAGAGAGGAGAGUUGUGGGAGAAACAUGGAGGGGAGUUAUGGGUUCUGUAUGGUGGAGUAGAGAAGGAAUGGAGAGAAGCUGUUCAUGGUCUUUCUCGGGUCGACGAGUGGAAGUUCGAAGCUCAAGAAGGUAAUUGGAGAGAUUGCAUAUUGAGGGCUGUGACAUUGUUAGCCAUGAAACUAGGGAGGAGAAGUGUUGUGGAGCGGUUGACGAAAUGGAGGGAGAAAGUGGAGAAAGAGGAGUUCCCUUUCCCUCGAAAUGAGAAUUUUAUCGGUAGGAAGAAGGAACUAUCUGAAUUGGAAUUCAUACUUUUUGGUGAUGUUACUGGAGAUUCAGAGAGGGACUAUUUCGAGCUAAAGGCUAGACCAAGGCGGAAACACUUGACAAUCGGGUGGGGUAAGGGCAGUGCGUUCGAGGAAAGGAGAAGGGAGCGGCAACUUGAGAGCAGAAGGAAGGGGAAAGAGCCAGUUGUGUGGAAAGAGUCAGAAAAGGAGAUUGAGAUGCAAAGUGCUGAUGGUCCUCAAAGACCACAGCAACCAAGGGCAAAAAGCAGUGGAAGGUUCCCAAGGAGAAAAAGAUCAGCAAAGAUUUUGUACGGGAAAGGGAUUGCUUGUGUGUCUGGAGACUCGGGAAUUGGCAAGACGGAACUUCUUUUGGAAUUUGCUUACAGAUAUCACCAGAGAUACAAGAUGGUCUUAUGGGUGGGAGGUGAGAACAGGUACAUUAGGCAGAAUUAUUUGAAUCUCUGGUCAUUUUUAGAGGUUGACGUGGGGCUUGAGAAUUGCUCAGAGAAAAGCAGGAUUAGAAGCUUCGAAGAGCAGGAAGAGUCUGCCAUAUCUAGAAUCCGAAAAGAGCUUAUGAGAAACAUACCGUUUCUGGUUAUCAUCGACAACUUGGAUAGUGAAAAGGAUUGGUGGGAUCACAAACUUGUAAUGGAUCUUCUUCCCCGUUUUGGUGGAGAGACACACAUCAUCAUAUCGACGCGCCUUCCUCGCGUGAUAAACUUGGAGCCUUUGAAACUCUCGUAUUUAUCUGGGGUUGAGGCAAUGUCGCUAAUGCAGGGAAGUGUGAAGGACUACUCAAUUGCAGAAAUUGAUGCUCUAAGGGCCAUCGAGGAGAAAGUAGGCAGGUCGACUUUGGGGCUGGCGAUCGUGGGAGCAAUAUUGUCGGAGCUCCCUAUAACUCCAAGUAGAUUAUUGGACACCACCAAUAGAAUGCCCUUGAAGGACUUCUCUUGGAGUGGUAGAGAUGCUCAUUCAAUGAGGAAAAACACUUUCCUUUUGCAGCUCUUCGAGGUGUGUUUUUCAAUAUUAGAUCACGCAGAUGGACCAAGGAGAUUGGCCACCAGAAUGGUGCAGGCAAGUGCUUGGUUUGCACCGGCUGCAAUUCCGGUUUCCCUCCUAGCCCAAGCUGCACAUAAAAUCCCUGAAAAGCACAGAAGAAACCGCCUAUGGAGAAGAUUGUUGCAUUCUUUAACCUGCGGUCUUGCUUCAUCGUAUACCAAAAGAUCAGAAGCAGAAGCGUCUUCCAUGCUGCUGAGGUUCAACAUUGCAAGGAGCAGCACCAAGCAAGGCUGCAUACACAUCAAUGAGCUCGUCAAACUUUACGCCCGGAAGAGAGCGGUGACUGGAGUCCCACAAGCUAUGGUUCAAGCUGUCAUUAGCCGCGGAUCAAUACCUCAACACUCGGAGCACAUUUGGGCAGCAUGUUUCUUGUUGUUUGGAUUUGGACAUGACCCCGUGGUUGUUGAGGUCAAGGUCUCAGAUUUAUUGCACCUUGUGAAGGAAGUCGUCUUGCCUCUUGCAAUCAGGACGUUUAUCAUGUUCUCUCGUUGCAGCGCUGCUCUUGAACUCUUGCGCCUCUGCACCAACGCCUUGGAAGCGGCGGAGCAAGCAUUCGUUGCCCCGGUUGAGAAGUGGCUGGAUAAAUCGCUUUGUUGGAAGCCCAUCCAAACUAAUGCUCAGUUAAAUCCUUGCCUAUGGCAGGAUCUAGCAUUGUCAAGAGCCACAGUGUUGGAAACUCGGGCCAAACUAAUGCUAAGAGGGGGACAAUUCGACAUAGCGGAUGAUCUUAUAAGGAAGGCGAUCUUCAUUAGAACUUCAAUCUGUGGGGAAGAUCAUCCCGACACCAUUUCUGCUCGUGAAACUCUUAGCAAGAUCACAAGGCUUCUCGCGAAUGUUCAAAUUCAUACCUCACUAUAGAUUCUAUAGCUUCUUUUGUAAGCAAAAUUUUUUACUCACUCAAAAUGUCAUACAGAAGGUCUCGUCAAAUAAAACUGUUGUAUACCAUUUUUCAGAGAGGGAUUUUGUUUAUACCA